GAUGAUGGCCAGCAGAAUCUUGAAGAAGGUCAAUGGCUUCUCUAAGGGCUUUUUUUGUCGUCCUCAAAAUCCCCUGAAGGAGAGCACGUCCAUGAUCUACAGCAAACCUCCCAGAAAUCAGAUCGGAGCCUUGCAAAGUUUUUUGGUGAUGUCUGUGUUUGCGGUGGCCAUGUUGGCGCCGGCGGCCUGGAUUCUCCACCAUCUGCCAGAGUAUCGCCAGAGGUCUCGCCAGACACCCAGAACCUGAACCUGUGUGCCCUUCUUUCCUACUUUAUUCAAAUAAAUGCAAAACCAACAAUCCUUACAUUUGAUUGUUGAACUUAUUUUCACAUCAAUUCAAGACAUUUUCGUCUUUUUGUCUGACAUCAACAAAUAGCAGCUAUCAAAUAAUUUGCAUAAGAAGGGUCAAUUUGUUGCCCCUUUGUUGUCGAUUUGUU